AUGUUACAGGUGUGGGACGAGGCCAAAAGACUCCGCUAGUGGUUCAACGAUUAUGAAAAAACCGUCAAGCCACCCAUGGUCAUCGCUGACCUUGAUGUCAUUCAACUGGAUUUCAGAGGUGAUAAUGUAGACUGCUGGAUGGAGAUCCAACAUGGGAAAGGUCCAUGGGCACCCCCUGUGAGUGGCAUUGUACCAUUAGGAUCAACAUUAACUUUAGUUGUCGCCAUCAACGAUUACAGAGGUGAAUUUGAUAUGCGAGUUAAAUCUUGCGUGGCAUCGGAUGGUGGGGGACACGUCAUCCAACUGUCAGACGAGUUCGGUUGUGUUCUGAGACCGAAAAUGAUCAGCCGAUUUUUAAAAGCUAGAGGGGCUGACGAGAGGGCUUCUGUCAUUACCUACGCCUUCUUCCAUGCCUUUAAGUUCCCAGACGCUUUAAGUGUUCACAUCAAAUGUAAGGUGGAGAUAUGUCGUCACGGUUGCCUGGACCAUUGCCAACUGCAGACGGACAAAACUCCCAACUUAGAGGACGAUCUGGGCCACUACAUAAAUCCCCACGAGAGGAAAGAUGACAAAUUGGCCUUAUCCGACGUUAACGACAGGAUGCCAAGCACAGUCGGUCAGUCAUUACACGACCAAGAUAUGUUGUAUGACGAUAUAAUUCAUGAAAGUGAUGAAUCUGGUCAACAGCCGUUAGUGAAGUUAUCACUUAAUGCCAAUGUUAACAGUAAGAAAAAAGUGGAUUGGCAAAAGACACCUGAAACCAAGCCUCAAGACACUCAAGAUAAAUCUGCGCAAGUUACUGACGACAGACAGCACAUCAUCGGGGAAGAUAGUGAAGAAAAUGAAGAUUUGGAUAUCGAAGAAGUCGACAUUGCUACAUCGAAAAAGGAUAUGCUUAUAAUGAGCCAAUUCCCACAUGGACCUAGAACUUUGAAAUAUCCACCGGAAGAUUUAUCUAAUGGUGAAAAACCAACGAAGGAGACUGCCAGUAAAUCCAAAGAGAUUGUCGAUAGUAAAUCCAACGAUACGAAUAGUACCAAAUCUUCUUCAAACAAUACGGGAUUACCACUGUCAUUGAAAAGCACUAGGAAACGCAGAUCGAUGAUUAUUUCUGACAGAAAGGUCAGGAGUGCUGACGUAGGCGUGAGCGGAAUUUACGAAGUUAUCUCUGAGGCGGAUCUGGCCUUUAGUCCAGAUAGCAGGCCAGAAUCUGUUACAGUUUUCCAGGGGCGAAUUAGAGAGGAAGUAGUGUAUGGAAUUUGUAUGCCAGUGCCUGGAUUUAGUGUCCUUUUUGUUUUGGUGGCUGUGUCCGCUGUAGUGUCAGCACUAAUAGCCGGGACAUUACUGUACAGGUACCAACUCCAAAAAGAACAUCUGGCAACUCAGCAGCAUCAAAAUACCUCAAUUCCCUUGAGUAUAUUCUCCAAUUUCAUUGGUUUGAAACUACUCAGGCCUUCAGUAGUACCCACAGAGCACACAAGAAGGAAAAGUUCAUCGGCUUCUAUAAGUGAAAGUACUCUAGACACUUCGCUGUCAAUUAGUCGACAUCUGUCAGAAAAUGACACUAUUCACAGCAGGGAUUGA